AUGAGAGGCUCAACUAUCCGGCCCAAGGCGCAAUGCCUUCGUUCGCUUUCCAAGGGCCUGACUAAACGUCCUUCGGCCGGUCUACGAUCUGUCCCCGUUGCUGCUACUCUGGCGCCGUCUCUCCCGCCGCAACGAGCGUACUCGACGCACCCGCCUCAUGCGAAGCUCAAUCUUCCCACCGACUAUUCGACAACUCCAUUGCUUGCGCAGACAUCCCAAUCGGCGCUCAACAACCCUGAGCUGUCUCCCGAAGUCCGCAAUGGCCCAACAAAGCGCAUGAACAUGUUCCAAGCUGUCAACGAUGCUCUAUCUAUUGCCCUCGCCCAAGACGAAUCGGUCUUGAUAUUUGGCGAGGACGUCGCCUUUGGUGGUGUCUUCCGCUGCACGGGAAAGCUUGCCGACACAUAUGGCGCCGACCGCGUCUUCAACACUCCGUUGUGCGAGCAGGGUAUUAUGGGCUUUGCCAUUGGCGUUGCUGCCGAGGGAAUGCGCCCUGUUGCCGAGAUCCAGUUUGCCGACUACGUAUACCCGGCUUUCGACCAGCUGGUGAACGAGGCUGCCAAGUUCAGAUACAGGGAUGGUUCCUGCGGGCGGAGUGCCGGGGGCUUGACGGUACGCAUGCCCUGCGGAGGUGUUGGUCAUGGUGGUCUCUACCACACACAGUCGCCGGAGAGCUUGUUCACACAUAUUCCAGGAUUGCGAGUGAUCAUGCCCAGAUCACCCAUCCAGGCCAAGGGCUUGCUGUUAUCCGCCAUUCGCAGCAAUGACCCAUGUGUCUUCAUGGAACCCAAGAUCCUCUACCGUGCUGCCGUUGAGCAGGUGCCCACCGGGUCCUAUACGCUACCAUUAUCCAAGGCUGAAGUGCUGAAGGAAGGAAAGGAUGUGACCAUCAUCUCAUACGGUCAACCCCUAUACAAAUGCGUGGAUGCGUUGCAAAAGGCCGAGAAGGACUUUGGUGUCUCAGUGGAAUUGAUUGACCUCCGAACGGUCUAUCCAUGGGACAAGGAGACCGUGUUCCAGAGUGUCAGGAAGACGGGGCGCUGCAUCGUGGUUCAUGAAUCCAUGGUCAAUGCCGGCAUUGGUGCCGAGGUGGCCGCUGCCAUCCAAGAGGACUCGGAAACCUUUGUUAGACUCGAAGCUCCUGUGGCUCGAGUUGCUGGAUGGAGCAUUCACACGCCUCUCAUGUUCGAGGCCCUUAACAUUCCGGAUGUUGCGACUCGCCGAUGUUGUUGCAGGCACGAUAUUCCCCUUCGAUCUUGGAUCGCGACCCUACUUUCUAACGAUUCCGAGCUUUCAGACAUCAAGGCCCUUACUAGCUCGACCCCUAAUCUGCUGAACGAGCUUGGACCGGCGUUCCAAAAGUACAACGAGGAACAGUUCACGACGGUGAAGCUCCCCGGUGGUAGCCAACCUGUUAUCAUUAGCUCCCAUAGUUCUCUGGAGGAUGGUCGUUACUACGACGUCGAGAGCUCCUCGAGCUUCGCCUACGACCACAUUACUCAGAAAGCCAGCGAUGUUCAGAGUCACGUCCUAGAAGGCGAACAGACCGACCUGGUGAAAUCCACGGUCAAGGGGCUUUCAGCCUACGUCAAGGAGCACUUUCCUAACGCCGCCUAUGGCGCGUACCCGAUAGAGAAUGACUCCAAAAUCGCGGUUGUCAUUGUCGCGAACAAGUACAGCCCGAACAACUUCUGGAACGGACGUUGGCGCUCGCUAUACAUCUACGACCCAUCCAACAACUCCAUUGAGGGCUCCAUCAAGGUCGACGUGCACUACUACGAGGACGGAAACGUGCGUUUGUUGACUAACAAGACAGUCACCGCGACCGUGUCGUCGGGCACCGGCAGCGGCAUUGCCAAGGAGAUCUCGGUGAACGAGAAGAAGUACCAGGAGGAGUUGAACAAGAGCUUCACAAGCCUCAGCGAGGGCGCUUUCAAGGGCUUGAGAAGACAGCUGCCGGUGACGAGACAGAAAAUCGAGUGGGACAAGGUCGCCAGCUAUCGCCUGGGACAGGAUAUCGGUGGUGGAAGCUCUAGGCGGUAA